AUGUCGUCGUUCGCCGGCGUGUCGGUCGUCGACGGCGUCGAUCUGUGCCCCCCUUGCGCCGGGUCGGCCUGCGAAACCAACGCCUACUGCGGGUACCACCUGCUCGUCGUCCAGGGCUACUCGCGCGCCAAGGAGAAGGCGCCCACCGGGGAGAGCAUCAUCUCCCGGCCCUUCAGGGUCGGAUGCCAUACGUGGCAGAUCGAGCUCUUCCCCAACGGCGAUAACCCGAGCUGCGCCGACUUCGUCUCUCUCUACGUCUGCCGCCUCGACGACUAUCUCAACAAUGCCGUGGAUGCCAAGUUCAGUCUCAGUUUCGUCGACCAGGCCGAGAAGCAGAAGCCGGUGUACAUUCUUGGGACCGAGACGUGCAGCUUCCCCCAUGGCGGUUCUCGGGGCCACCGCAAGUUCAUGAGGAAAGACGCCCUUGAACGAUCGGAGAAUAUGAGGCGUGAUGGUUUCACCGUCCGGUGCGACAUCAUGAUCUGCUGCGAGGAGGAUGACGACGCCGGUGGCACCGCCCCGCCUCGCUACAUAUGCCAGCAUUUUAACACUCUCCUUGAAAGUAAGGUGGGCGCUGAUGUGACCUUCGAGGUCAGCGGCGAGACGUUCGCUGCGCACCGGUGCGUGCUUGCUGCCCGAUCGACGGUCUUCAUGGCGCAGCUCUUUGGCCCCAUGAAGGAGGGCACCACGUCCAGUGUCAUACAGAUUGAAGACAUGGAGGCAAAAGUGUUCAGGGCUUUGCUUAGGUUCAUCUACACAGACUCAUUCCCUGAGAUGGAGAAGGAAGUCAUCCAGGAGGAAGCACAAGAAGUGGAACAAGGACAAGAAGAGGAUGAAAUGCGUUUGCAAUGGUUGUGA